AUGUCAAUAAGGAGAAAACUUACAAAGAGCUCUGAUUUUGAUUUUCCUCAAGCUUCUGGCUCAGUAACACCUGUAAAAAACCCAUCAUUUUCACAAAACUUCUCAAUUGCAGCAGGCAAGAAGCAAGCAAGCUUAACUAAGCUGCCAACUAUGAAAAAUCUGCAAAAAAAGUUAUCACUGAAAGUGCUUGCUCCUAAACCCAAAGCAUUCUUUAAUGAUAACUCUGAGUCAGACCAGAACAGCUGAUUUAAAGAAUUUUCUCUAAUUGAUGACAAAGUUAGAAACUUUUGCAGCUCUGAAAGCAGUAAGCUUGUCAACAACAAAAUCAGGUUCCAAAUAGACAUUUUAGAAGAAAUGAUUAAAUUGCCUUCUGGGAUCUCUGAUUUUCUCAAAUUUAUUCAAUUAACUUUAAGAGACAUACUUACAGAGCUAGAAUCAAAUAAAUGGAGAAAAAAAUAUGAAGAUAAAUCAAAGAAAGUCACUGCGCUCAUCUCUGAAAAAAUGAUUUUAAAUGAGAAGAUAGAACAUUUGCUGAGUCAAAACGCAGAGCUAAAGAAUAGGCUUGAUGAGCUUAGGCUAAAAAAUAUAAAAACAAUUGAAGCCUUUGGAAAAUGCAAAGAAAGUUCUCACUCCCCCCCGCCAUCCUUGAUCGAACGAUUGACUUUAAAAAUUCCUAAAAAUUAGGAAAUCAACCCCCAUCCUUGAUCGAACAAUUUUCAUAUCAUGCAAAUUUAUAUAUAUAUAUAAAAAUAUAUUAGUUAUCAAAAGCUUGGGAAGAUGCACCUAAUGAAGUUGUUUUCAGAGCUUUGAGACGACAGAAAGCUACGGAAUCAACCAUCCGAAGUGAUUUAGUUAUCAACCUAGGCUAAAAACUCAAUAAUCUAAAAUAGAGAUUCUUUAAAAUUUAAAAAAAAAAAUUAAUUCAAUAAGGAACAAAUUAAAAUUUAUACAGUUUAAAAAGGUAACUAAUAAAUUAAAAUAUUAAAAAUUGAUAUUUUAUGAAAUUAAUUCAAUUUUUUGCUGUAAAAAUAACUAUUAAAUACUCUUAACCCUCUUAUUUAAAAGUAAAUAAAAAAAAUAUAUAUAUAUAUAUAUUUUAUUUUAUAUAUAUAUUUUUUUUUAAACCCCCAUCCUUGAUCGAACGAUGGCGAGUCGUUCGAUCAAGGAUGGGGGGAGUCAGUAUAAACUGUACAAAGAUGUGAAUGAAAAAAACCAGUUAAUAAAAGAAAUAAAAUGUGACAUAAAUCUUUAUAGGUCGCGCGAAACAAAAAUUAUAAUGAUGCUUCAAGAGUUGAGAGCUCGCGGAUAUGGAAUUGAAAAUAUAAUAAAAAGAUACAAUAUUUUUGGUGAAGAAUGCCCAAUUACAGUAAAUCAUUCAAUAAAUGAUAGUAACAUAUCAUAUUCUUCAGCAACUAUGGAUUAUUUUCAAGAAUCUCCAAUAUAG